AUGUUACCAGUGAUUGCUGCAAUCUGCCUUUGGCUUGGCGCACGAGUCUUCGUGCAGGGAGCACUCUGCGAGCCGAUUAAGAUCCCGAUGUGCAAAGCAAUGCCCUGGAAUAUCACGCGAAUGCCCAACCAUCUACACCACAGCACCCAGGAGAAUGCUAUUCUGGCUAUAGAGCAGUACGAGGAUUUAGCGGACACCAGCUGCAGCCCGGUGCUGCCCUUCUUCCUCUGUGCGAUGUACGCACCCAUCUGCACUUUUGAAUUCCUGCACGAUCCCAUCAAACCAUGUAAAUCCGUUUGCCAGAGUGCAAGAAAUGGUUGCGAGCCUAUUUUGAAAAGGUACAACCACAGCUGGCCCGAGAGUCUGGCAUGCAGCGACUUACCCGUGUACGACCGAGGGGUCUGCAUCGCUCCCGAGGCAAUUGUCACCGAUUUAUCCGAGGAUGCAAAGUGGAUGGAAUUCACCGGGGAUGUGGUUGUCCCGAAAGCUUCUGAGUGUAAGAGUUGGAAUUCAAAUCGGUGUAAAUGUAGAAAAGUUAAACCAACACUAAAAACAUAUUUGGGCAAGAAUUAUAACUAUGUUAUUCGGGCCAAAGGAAAAGAAGUGAGCAGAAGUGGCUGUAAUGAAAUCACUACAGUGGUGGAGGUGACAGAGACCUUCAAAUCACCAGCACCUAUCCUGCAACCUUAUGUAACCCUCCUCACCAAUUCGUCAUGUUUGUGUCCUCAGCUGCCACCCAACCAGGACUCACUUAUCAUGUGCUAUGUUCUCCGCUCACAACUGAUGCUCUUUAAUGGCUGUUUAGUUGAAAAAUGGAGAGAUCAAUGGGUGAAACGGUUCAAGCACUGGGAACAAAGAUUAAACCAACAAAGGCAGUUGCGUGUUACUCAAGAAAGAAACGAAAAUGCAGGAUACAGUAAACAGAGCGGUGGUCCAAAGAUCGCAAAGAAUCUGAGCCAAGUUCCUGGCAUCCCUGGAAAAACAAACAAAAAUAAAAGCAAGAAGAAAACCAAGAAACUAUGA